CAUCAUCAUCGCAAUCAGUGGAUGAUUUCUUUCUCUCUUGACCUAACAAAAGGAGCAAGAGGGCACACAAGGUAGAAGCAACAAAUUCUAGAUGGUAAGGAAGUGUUGGGGAAUUACAGAGAUUUCAGUGAUGGAGGUAGCUCAGGUCGGCGUUCGAACACGAGCUCAAGCUCUAGCCAUGGCGGCUGCCACCAGCUCAGCAUCAAAUAAACGAAGGAAGGCCAACGAUGGAGAAAUUCAGAUAUCGACUUCCUAUUUUCAGCUCGGCAGUACUACUAGCGAAGGAUUAGUCAUUAAGCCGGAGAAUUCAGCUUCGUCUGCGCCGGAGCGAAAUUCUAGCAUUCCAGCGGUGGCAGAUGUUAGGUGCGGGAGCCCUAGCUCUGAUCAUACAUCGGUUUCUUGUUGUUCGAGUAACGGAUCGAGCAAGAGAUUUAAAUCCGUGGAUCCGGAGGACGAGAGAUCAGAAGUUGAAAUAUCCACGACGUAUUACAGCUGCGCAGAAAGCAGAGAGACGACACCGACUCCAACGAGUGAGCUUCAAGAAGAAUCAGGCGACCUGGAUUCUACAGCUAAGCCAUACGAGGCGGAUUCUCGCCCCAGAUCAGCGGUGGAGAAGAAGCCGUCAAGGGCGAGGAAGAUGCCACCGGAGUCCGAGCUGGAAGAAUUCUUCGCAGAAGCGGAGAAGAAACUAAAACAAGAAUUCACCGAGAAGUAUAACUUCGACGUCGAGAAGGAGGAGCCCUUGGUAGGACGUUAUGAGUGGGUUAGAGUAGACAAAUGAAGACCAUGAAAAACAACAAUGGCUGCAUUAUCUGGACUAUCUGUUAAUUUAGGUACCAUUGAUUGAAUUUUACUUUCUGUAUUUUGUAUAGCUCUCCUCUCUCUCUCUCUCUCUCUCCCCCUUCUAUCUAUGUUUCUUAUUUGUACUAUUACGGUCUACACGGAAAAGCGUCUGCAAGAAAAUGCAGGAAUCAAGAACAGACUUUGAAUAACGAAGCUGGAUUCCUUAAUAUUAUUUUGCCUUUUCGGUUUGGCCUCCAUAAAA